UCUCUCGUUUUUGAUGUUAGAAUAGGUCACCCACAUUUAUAGGGCAAAUGAUGAGAAAAUAGAGAUCAUUCAGAAAGCUAGAGAGUUUCUCAUUCUAGUUUCAUUUUUUUUCUGAGAAAAAAAGAAAGAAAGAGAGAUGGAUUCGACCAUGAUGUGGAUUGUGCACAAUGCAAUGAACAAAGCGCAUGCGAAGAUGAAAUCGAAAGGAGGGGUUCUUGAGCGGUUGAAUGGGAUAUCCAGGUUCUAUGAACUGGCGGCGAUGCAAUUGGAGGGGUGUUUGAAGUUUGUUCGGCAAGAAACCAGCUACAUUCUCGAGAGCAGUGAUGAACAGGUGCUUUCGGACUUGAGUGAGAUUCGUGACCGCCUUCAGUUGCGUCUCAAGGAGUCUGAGAUGGCUAUCAAGGACAAGGACAGGGAAUUGGCUUCUCUGCUGGCGAAUCUCAACAAGCCUGCGAGGUCAAAGAGUGAUCCUCUUGAGGAGUACAUGGUUAGUAAUAGAGUGAGUGGCGGUAAUGAAGGAAGAGAUAGUGAGAUUUGUGAGUUGAAGAAUUCGGUUGAUCAGCAGGUUUGGCAUAUCAGACGACAGCUUGAGCCGGAGCACAAGUUAAAAGGUAGGGAAGGUAAUGCACAAGUAGUAGAAGGGUUGAACAACAAGAAGAUUGAGCAUUUGGAUUCGGAUAUAGGGGUGUUGAAGGAGACAUUGGAUCUUGCUUUUGGGAAAAUGCAGAAAGCUAUUUUUGGUUCUGAGGUCGGGCCAAUAGAGCAGCAAUGGCAAGGGGCUGUGGAGAGAGAUACAAUGUCUGUCUUGCUUGAAGGGUUUAUGAGGGAUUUCCGAGAAAAUGUUGAAGAACAAGUGUGGAAGAAGCAAGAGAAGUGGGUUUGUUUUGGCUUGAAGGAGUCCUGGUCUGAUUUGAUGAAUGAGGUUGAGAACUUGCGGCGCGAUUUAGAGCCUUUGGCUGUUCAAAAUGAGGUGCCCAAGUGUAAAACAAGUGAAAAGAGUUCAGCAGAUGAUUUUGAUCAUGUAAAGCGUCAGCGGUCCUCAAAGGCUGAAGAACUUAUGCAAGAACAACAUGAAGAGGAAAAGAAAGAGGAGGAAGGCCACUCUGUUUCUAAGAUGAUAAAGAAUCAUGAAUCAAUCAUCCAGAGGAAAAGUGCGGAGGCGGAAGAACUGAAUAUUCUGAAGCGGGAAAUUCUUCGACAUAAAGCAAAUUUGUCUAGCAGGAGAGAAGAGGACACAUUUGUGAAAAGAAGGAUGCAAGAACUUAUGGUGAGGCUAGACAAUUUGAGAGAUUGGGAUGCCAAGCUGCAGGAGACUUUUGCUAACAAUGAUAAGUUUGUUCAUGGGCAAGAAACUCCUUCAGAGAAGAGGUCUCCGAAAUCUGAUGCAAAUUUUUCUGAGAACUUGGAACUUGAUACUUUGUCAGAGAUAUGGGAGAAGAUGGAUAAAGUGCCUUACGGAGUAGAUGCAGAACUGCAAAAUGAGGGGACAAUGCUGAAGCUAGAACAAGAUGAAUCAGACUUGAAAGAUGUCAUAAUGAAAGAGAUCUAUGUUACUAUUUUGGAAGGUUCAGUAAAAGAAAAAUGUAUUGACAUAUACGAUAACGAGUUGGAAAACUUUCUGUGGAGGGAUAUAUGGCAGGUUUUAUUCACAGAAGUGAUGAAUCAGUGGAAAGAGAACACUAAACGUAACAACAUUGAAUCUCAAACCAGGGAAGAGUUCUACUGCACUAUACACUGCACAGUCCUUGGUGAGGCACUCAAGGAUUAUGGCUCAAGUAUAAACUUAGCAUUAGCAGAGUCUCGCAAUUUGAGGGCUGAAAAUAACUUAGAAGCUGCAAUAAGAGAGGAUAUAUGUUUGACUCUUUUGCAUGAAACGACUAAGGAAUGCACUAAAUGGAAAGUUGAUUAUGAAACUGCAUGCCUUCUUAGGGAAGGGAUAGAUCAGCUGGUUUUUCAUGAGACUGUCAAAGAUAUUGUUGACGCUGCAAGUUAUCAUUUGACUCAACCUCAAGAUAUUAUUGCUAGGAAGGAAUGGAAUAAAUGGAAAGCUGACUAUGAAACUGCAUGCCUUCUUAGAGAAGAGAUAGACAAGCUGGUUUUUCAUGAGACUGUCAAAGAUAUUGUUGACACUGCGAGUUAUCAUUUGGCUCAACAUCAAGAUAUUGUUGCCAGGAACUUUCUUCAGAGCGCGGAAAGUUUAGUUAAGGAGGAUAUCUAUAUGGUUUUCAUAAGAGAAACUAUCAAGGAAUGGAAGAUGGAGUUGAGUGCUUUUAAUAUGGAGAGUCUGAUUAGGGAAGAAAUGUAUCAUUUUAUCAUUGUUGAGGCGGUGAAAGAUGCAUUUGUCCUGUUUAGAGAAGAAGCUGAUUCUGGGAAUCAAGACAAAAUCUCUGAAGCCAUGCUUUUCAGGAACAAGUUACACAAUAGUAGACAGGUCAAUACAGAUGAAAAUGUGAAUGAAAAGAUUGGGUCUCCUUUAAGCUGUUCAGAAGUUGAGGAAGACAUGGUGCAAAGUGAAAGUUUUGGAAUGAAGGGAUACAAUGCAGACCUUGACUUUGUAAGCUUGGAAUGUGAAGCAGGUCAGCUGGGUUCUAGUGUAGGCAUAAUAGUUGGUGAUUCUGAGAAGGGUUAUAAUCAAGUGCCUCCGGAAGUAGGUUCUGUACAUUACGAAAAGUUGUCUUACUGCCAGCCAAAAGCAAACGAAAAGGUGCUGUUAAACCCAUCUGACUCUCUGUCUACACCUUUCCUCCAAUUUUCGGAAGAGUUGGUGAAUUUUCAACACACUACAAAGGAAAAGUUGGAGAUGAACUUCUUGAGAAUGGACAACAUGAAGCAUUAUGUAGAUAAACUUUCUGUACUGAUUUCUUCCUUGAGAAAAAAGGAAUCGCUUUAUAGGGAAGCUUUUAGAAGGAGAUGCCAAGAUCUCCGGAAGGCUGAAACUGAGGUGGAUCUCCUGGGGGAUCAAGUUGAUGUUCUACUAGGUCUUCUUGAGAAAAUAUACACAAUAUUGUAUCGUCAUUCACCGGUUCUGCAGCAGUAUUUUGAGGUCUCGGACAUCUUAGAGUUGAUCAAGAAGGAACUAAAUGGAGAUAUUUCAAUGCAUCUAUAGAUUGACUUUUGUGUGGAAGCAGAACAAAAAGGAAAGGAGCUAACCAAAACAAAUAACAGGAAGUCAAAUACGGCAGGAGAAGACGAAUAGGAAGCCAACAAGGAAAAAGAAGAAAAGAAUACAACAUUUAUGCAACAUUGGAAUGUAAGACGGCGAACUGUACUAUGUUGCAUGAAGAUUCAAAAGCAAAACUAAAGAUCAAGCUGGCAUUGAUCAUUUUAUCUUGAUGUUUCCAAACAGGGUUGUAUUCUCUUCUAGUUUUAGCUCUCUACACUAACUUUGUAAACCCAUUCUACCAAGUUAGUGGAUCCACGGCAGCACCCCCGGCAGCACCACCAGCAGCACCACCCGCAGCACCCCCCGCAGCACCACCAGCAGCACCCCCGGCAGCACCCCCAGCAGCACCCCCCGCAGCACCACCAGCAGCA